UGCGCGUGUUUGUGUGUAUGUGACGCGCUCAGGCUCAGCCUCAGCCAUGAUAUCUGUGCUGUGUUGAAAACAUGGAGUCCAGCACUCGUCCUUUUACAUUGUUUUACACCGUUCUUCUCAUUCUUACGUGUCGUUACGCGCGAGGAGAGGACGCUCUUGACUGCCCUGCAGAUGGACGGACAUGGUUGACUUUCGGCCUCAACUGCUAUCACUUUGUCCAUGGAGAAGAGGACGUUGCCAAAAGCUACACUAUUGAAAAUGCAAAAGAGAUGUGCAAAGGAUAUGAUCUCUUGACAGUAAAAAGUGCUGAGGAGAAUGACUUCAUCGUUAAGUACAGCCCUUUUGUGUGGAAAGGCAAAAUGAACGUUUGGCUUGGAAUGUACUAUGACAGCGACGAAGACGUCUUCAAGUGGCAUGACGAUAACAGCGUGUUGCGCUAUAAUAACUGGGAGGACGGCUACGAUGACACCGAUCUGCCUCUCAUGGACACGUGUGUCGCUCUUCACUCCAACACGGGGAAGUGGGAAAACAUCAGCUGCACGGAUGAACCUGAGAACGGAGUAGUGUGUCAGACGAAGGCACUCUGGAUACCCCCACCCAAGAACAGUCCUCUUCUCUCAGCUCUGGUCAUCAUCAGUGUGGUUCUGAUACUGGUCGUUUCUGCAGUGGUUUGGUUCCUUCACCAAAGAAGCAGCCCGGGUUCAUCCAUCCUCAACCUGAUUGAGUACCACCCACCCUUCAGAUCCCCGUCCACCGAUCAGACCUGCUUAGUAGAAGCUGAAGAAAUUGAGGAGAUGCCUUAGAGCUCAAUGCUGUGAUGAUGAUGUUAGAAUAAGUGGCAGGCGUUCAUGGGGAUCGUGAACUCUUCCUCUUCACUGGUUCCUCAGGGUUCCUCAGCUACGGUCCACACAGAGCAAAAUACAAGUCAAAUGAUCUCUCUUCUUGUGGGUGGAAUGAAGGACUGGAUGGGGAAAUAUGAAUGCCAUGUGUGAAAUAAACAAUUAAAGAGAUGCUGGGGCUUCAUUACGCAGGAAAAUUAAGCACAUGUUUCUUUCUCCCUCACGACUCAAAUGGUUAUUGACUCUUUUUGCUUUACUAAUAUUUCCUCUGUGUCAAAUUGGUGAGAUUAGUUUCUUUAUUAUCAAGCUUUGAAAAGGGCUACAAAUGCCAUAUUUUUGUGCAGGUCAGUUUAUAGAUUUGUGUGAGAAACGGACUGAAUGUUUUAGUCAUAAUUCAGUGAAAUCUUGCCUUGCUGCAGCUCUCAAAUCAAACACGUGUUAAUGUUGCAAGUGCCAAAUUUGCCUGUUUUUAUUGUGAGAUUUACAAAAUGGCAAGUUUUUGUCAUAUUUGUUUGUUUUUUUUGCAAGUAGGACCAGUUUAUUUUCUUUCAUUCUCAGUUGAAAAGGUUACAAAUACAUGUUUGUCACUGCUAGCACUGUAUAUGUUUUUAGAUAUGGAUACUUCUUGAUUGCCAAUCACAAUAUUUUAUAAAUGUUGUUUUUAUGAUUUGGAUUUGCCACUAACAGUCGUCUGUAUCUAUAUUGUUAUGAAUGAAUCACAUUGUGUAAACACUGAUUAAGGCUUUAUUUGUCCAUACAUGAACAACAAGCCAUUUCUCAAAGAGAAACUAAUCAGCUGUUGAUCUUUCAAAGCGAAUAAAGAUUUGUCAAAUGUU